GGAUGUACUUAUCAAAGAGAUACUCUGCCAUGCUAGAUUUAGAACCCUCCCUCCCCCCAUGUUAGGCGAGGUUAUAUGAUCACCCAGUUCCUGGAUAGAUUUCGCCUGCUCAUUCAGCAAUGUCUCAGGCUGUGCAGACAAAUGGAACUCAGCCAUUAAGCAAAACAUGGGAACUCAGUUUAUAUGAAUUGCAACGAACACCUCAGGAGGCAAUAACAGAUGGCUUGGAAAUUGUGGUUUCACCUCGAAGUCUACAUAGUGAAUUAAUGUGCCCAAUUUGUUUGGAUAUGUUGAAGAACACCAUGACUACAAAGGAGUGUUUGCAUCGUUUUUGUGCAGACUGCAUCAUCACAGCCCUUAGAAGUGGCAACAAAGAAUGUCCUACCUGUCGGAAAAAGCUAGUUUCCAAAAGGUCACUGAGGCCAGACCCAAACUUUGAUGCCCUCAUCAGCAAAAUUUAUCCAAGUCGCGAUGAGUAUGAAGCUCAUCAAGAGAGAGUAUUAGCCAGGAUCAACAAGCACAAUAAUCAGCAAGCUCUCAGUCACAGCAUUGAGGAAGGACUGAAGAUACAGGCCAUGAACAGAUUACAGCGAGGCAAGAAACAACAAAUUGAAAAUGGUAGUGGCGCAGAAGAUAAUGGUGACAGUUCACACUGUAGUAAUGCAUCCACACAUAGCAAUCAGGAAGCAGGCCCUAGUAACAAACGGACCAAAACAUCUGAUGAUUCUGGACUUGAGCUUGAUAAUAACAAUGCGACAGUGGCAAUUGACCCAGUAAUGGAUGGUGCUAGUGAAAUUGAAUUAGUAUUCAGGCCUCAUCCCACACUUAUGGAAAAAGAUGACAGUGCACAGACAAGAUACAUAAAGACUUCAGGUAACGCCACUGUUGAUCACUUAUCCAAGUAUCUGGCUGUGAGGUUGGCUUUAGAAGAACUUCGAAGCAAAGGUGAAUCAAACCAGAUGAACCUUGAUACAGCCAGUGAGAAGCAGUAUACCAUUUAUAUAGCAACAGCCAGUGGCCAGUUUACUGUAUUAAAUGGCUCUUUUUCUUUGGAAUUGGUCAGUGAGAAAUACUGGAAAGUGAACAAACCCAUGGAACUUUAUUACGCACCUACAAAGGAGCACAAAUGAACUUUUAAAAACCAGUUAUGAGACUGAACUUUUUUAUAGCCUAUUUCCUUAAUACUAAAGACGUUCUGUCAUUACUUUUAAGGACAGAUCUUGGAUAUGUUCAAUUUUCUUUCUGAGCCAGACUCGUUUACACUAUUCACAGCUUUCCCCAUUAAUUUAAGAUUUCCUUUUUGGAAGGGACAACAAUUAUUCAGUACUUUUUCUUUCCUUUUAAAAUUAUAUCUAAGUUGUGUGUUUUCACACAGUGUGGUUCCAUUUCUAGCACCCUUUUGGCCCAGGAAUUUUUUAUGGUUCUGUAUUUGUAAGUAAAGAUUCAGUUGGCCAUCCUUUUCCCUCUUCAAACUUUUGUAGGCCUACAGAAUAUUGAAUAAUACGUAUUCUACUUUUUUUCCCCCUGGAAUCUUGUAUAUUUAUAGUUUUCUAUAUUAACUUUAGUAUCUUCAUGAAGACCAAGGCUCAAAUUUACUGUGCAUAAAAACAAUUCUCAUAGGAUUAUUCUUUUCAUGGUAUUUUCUUCCAUAAUAUCUCAUUUUAAAAAGAAGUUCUUUAUGAACUUAGUGUCCAUUGUCAUGCAAUGUUUUUUUUUUUUUUUCCUGUUCGUUUUCCCUCUAAUUUUGGAAUUUCUGGUCCUAGAAAGAGAAGCAAACAAAAUCUUAAGUUCUAUGAGAACUUGGUUCAUUGACAGAUUUUGCUAAAGAAAGAAAAAUUAAAUUGGUAGUAUUAUGUAGUCUCCAAGUGUAUAUUUAAGAGUCCUUUUAGGUAUUAGUUCUCCUGUCACUUCAGUUCCUUUAUUAUGUAUGUUUGAUGUUUUUUUCCUAUUAAAAUAUCAGAGAUAGGGAGAUAUUUUGCACUUUAGCCUUGAUGAAAAGUACAAGAUAUGUUCAAAGCUUCCCUAAUUUUUUUUCUUAUUGGUAGCCACACAAGUUUCAACAGUAACAUGGCACAUGGAACUAACAGCAGGAAAAAAAGUUUGGUUCCAUUUGAAAAGUGUGUUUAGCAUUUUGAGGUUAUUGUAUCAGUUUAUAAAUUUGGUGCUCUGCUAACUACACUCGAUAGAAGCAGGCUAGUGAAGCGUGAGCCCUGCCUUGAUAUGUAGUAAAAGAUUAUUCUACAAGAGUAUGUCAGCCAGUAGGAUAAAAUCAUUCUACUCUUCUUAAUUUUUACAUUGAGGAACAAUGUUUGGUAUUUGGGAAUCAGAAAGCUUUAUGCCAACAGGUCAGAAAUAAGAUUGAUUUAUAUGUUAUUCUUCAUCCCUGUCCUGACUCUUGGUAUGUUUCCAAGUUUAUAUUAUCACAGUAUUUACAAAGACAUAUUUGAAUUCAGAAAUUAACCCCAAAGGGUUUUUGAUAGGAGGGAGUAGACCUCCAGUAUCAUUGUAAGUGAAGUCUGUUAGUUAUUGUAAAUAUCUGUCGGCUUUGACAGAUUGGGGGCCCAGUAUGAAAAUUUAAAGGCUUGCUCAAUUUUUUACCAUUUUAUUGAAAAUAUUUAAAAUCCGUUUUUACAGUUUUUUUGGUAACCUGUGCCACGGAAUUUGAAAACCACCAAAAAUUGAGGGAACUUUUAUAUUCAAUUCCUUUUCUGGUGUUCUGUUAAGUUGUAUAGAUUAUUAAUGCAUGCCCACUGAAUAUAACUGGUUUUGUGAUAAAACUGCUUAGAUUUUGAUGACAUACUAGAUUAGUGGUUGCAUUAAAUAACUAAAUUCCCAUUGUGAUUAUUAAUUGAAAUUUUGUCUUUAAGCAGAGAGUUAUUUGUGAAUAUAAGCUUUGUGCUUAGAGAAUGUAUGUGUUUUUAUCUGUCAGUAUGGGAGGAUAUAAACUGCAUCAUUAGUGAAGUCA